CAGUCAGCAACCCCUCUUUCAUGACUUUGUUUUUUCUCUUUUUUUUACAGCUAUAAUGAAAUGAAGCUUUUGUUUAAUGAUGAACAGAUAUUAUAGCUCCAAUGGGGAACUAGCAAUUUCCUACAGAGAGACAAGAGUCAGGGGUAGGCAAAGAAAGAGCCCAUUAAACAGGAAGAUAACAGACAACCACAAAGACAAUGAUGAGGAUUUCAUUGUUAAAGAGGAGAUUGCCCCUUUGAUAUGUCGUGGGAUCAUCUUCGUCAUCUUGCUCGUGUCUGGAUGUAGCUGCCUAUUUUCUGCUCUGCACUUCCAAUCUUCAGAGCCAGUUAAACUAACACCAGUGGACAUUGAUCAAGAAAAGCUCCCAGAGGAUUAUAACGAAGAUGUGCAGGAUAUGAAGAAGAAAAUCGAUUACCUUCUACCUCCAGCAGAUCUGUGGCCCAACUUUGCUCUGGAGUCUCAAGGUGCAAGACUUGUACACACAAUGACCUCCGAAACAUAUCAGCGCAACAGACCAUGUAGAUUGUUUGGCAUAACUUCACAACAACAGCAACAAUCCAUAGGCCCAAACAUUGUCAUUCAGGGAAGAAAUCAUCUGAACCCUGGAGAAUGCUGGGCCUUUACAGGAUUCCCGGGACGUUUAUCCAUCCAACUGUCCCACAGAGCCACUGUGACUCAUGUGUCGCUGGGACAUAUUACUAAAAUUAUAUCCCCAUCUUUCACAGUCUUCAGUGCUCCAAGGGAAUUCUCCGUUUAUGGGAAGAAGGAUAUAAACGAUGAGGAGAGUUUCUUGGGAACUUUCCAAUAUGAAGAAGAUGGUGACAGGUUACAGACCUUCAAACUCCCUGAUGAUAAAACCGACUCCUUCACCUAUGUGAGCCUAGAGGUGAACAGCAACUGGGGCCAACUGGACUACACAUGCCUCUACAAUUUUAGAGUGCAUGGAGUUAUUGCGCCAUGAAGAGGACACCAUCCUUUAUAUCUGUUUUGUACAUGUUUAAUUUAUUUAGUAAUAUUUAUUUAAAGAGUAAAACACAGUCCUCAU